AUGCGAUGUCAGCUCUGCAGCUUGGCCCAAUGGUUCCUCUGCGUAGUUCUGCAUUCGCAGGCCAAGAACAUCAUGCGGCGAUCGCAGGCGGUGAUUGCAAGUGAUGGAGCCAUCGUGGAAGAGUUUCUGGACUCCACAUCCUUGGAUGCUGAUGCCACCAUGCCUGUUUACAAGCUGUACUUCAACCUGCGCGGGAAGCGCAUGUGUUGGCAAAAGGAAUCCGAAGGCUGUCGUUCUUCGGCAGCUGACUGCAAUGUGGAGUAUUGCCAAUCGGAUGCUCCAGGCUGCCAGUGUCUGAAUGUGGGCUUUCGGAACUGCAGUGGGACCAGGCCGGCUGCCUCGCUGCAGCUGUUUGUGGAGACGACGAAGCAGCCAGACGGAGAUUUCCCCGAUCAUGCUUUCUACUGGCGCCAGCUGAGGGUGAAAUACUACGAUACUUCGGAAUGGGAUGACCACUCCCGUGACUUUGGCAAGGCCCUGGAGUCCCACUUGGCCUGCACAGAGGAUCCUUGCGAGUGCCGGGCUGAAAGCAUGUUCAGCUUUGCUUGGGAUGGAAGCAGACUCGUGAACGUGGAAGGGGACACCCCCCGCAGCAUUGGUCCAUCCCCCGGCAGAACUAGCGACAUGACGCUGACACUUCGCCAAUACAAUCUACGCUUGAAGGCAGGGACACAGGUAACACGCUGGUGCCUUGUGCCAAAGCGCCGUGUUCCUGCACCAUGUCAGGCAAGCAAGAUGGAAGCUGAGGCAUCUCGCACCUACCGUGAUCCCACUUCGACCACAUCCACUACCACAACCCUUACACACGUACACUCUACAACCACUGAAACAACAACCACCCGAACCACCACCUCGACAGCCAGGAGGACGACCACAACGACCACAACCCAGACAAGAGAGGCAACCCAGGAGUCUUCCCCUUUGGAGGAGGACAGGGAAAACAAUGAGACAACCAGCGAUGCCAGCACCACAGAGGAGGAGGAUCAGGAAGAGGAGGAGGGUGAGGAGGGAAAUGAGGAAUGGGCGACCACCACCGCUGACAGUGCCAAAGUGAGAUCCAUCAGCUCCUCCACUCAUCAAUCUACCCAGAGAGGUACAAGCACGGGUACCACGACGGCUGGCACGGCAGUCACCACGGCCACAACUUCACUUACUACCACAGCCAGCAAGGCAACCACGUCCCCGGCUUCUCGGCCACGCCCCGACAGCGACGGCAAAGGCGAUAAUACUGAUGAUUCUGAGGAGGGCGAGGAGGGUGAAAAGGGCGAGGAGGGCGAAAAGGGCGAGGAGGGCGAGGAGGGCGAGGAGGGCGAGGAGGGCGAGGAGGGCGAGGAGGGCGAGGGGGGCGAGGGUGCGGAGGGUGCGGAGGGUGCGGGGACGGACGCUGGGAACAAGAAUGGUGAGGAGGCAGCUGGAGACGGCAAAACAGCAAAGCCCGUCAGGAUCGACUUCGACUACUUCCGAAGCUUUGCCAACGUGUCGUGGCGAAAGGAGGCUGUGGGCCGUCUUCCGUCAUCUGCCCGUGGUUCCGCGCGUCUGAGCCGCGCUGUGGCUACCGCAGCUGUGACUGGAGCAGUCGGAGGUUGCAAGAAGUUCUGCCUUCAGGACAACAAGUUGCAUGCCAUCGUCCGGAAGAAGGGCAGCGAUGACUACUGCACCUGCUACACAGCAAACACCGACGAUCCCGUAUAUGGCGCGACCAGCAGGUUCGAGGAGAACGAGUCCGUCAUUGGAGCAUGGAACCUGGAAGCUUCAUCAGUCCGUGGCUACACCAAGCUGGUGGCUCCGAAAACCACCUCUGGCAAGAUCCAGGCCCAUGCAGGAUGUCCAGAGGACAGCUCUGACUGCUCUCGGCUCUUCAGCCUCGGCUGUGGGGACAAGUUGCCGUUGCUUUGCCCCAACACCCAUGAGCACAGUCCGUUUGUCGUCACGUUGCCUCCAGAUGUCCGCCCGUCAGACAGCUUCUUCCUGACGCAGGCCUGCAGGGGCACUGGCGAGUCCAACGGCUCUGCAUCCGGCAGCCUCUGUGGAAACGCAUGGCUGGUUUUCGAUCUGGAGGAGAAGUUCACAGUCACUCGCGUGCGAUUCCACAACUACGUUUCUCAGGAAGCCGUCCGGAAAGUCCUGUUUAGUGGAAGCAGCAGCGUCGACGGAGACUGGGUGCCUUCACAAGUCCUCUAUCUACCCAACACUGCAGAGGGCUCUUCCUCCGCAGAGAAGCAUGCCUUCUCCGAACAUGUGUUUGACGUUCCAAUCACUGCGCGGUUUCUGAAGAUGGAGAUCCUGGAGAAUUAUGGCAGCAAAGGUGUGGGCUUCUUUCGCAUAUCCUUCGAUGGCUUCAAAUACUUCUUCACGGAUUUCACCAAAUACGCCGGCAAAGCGUGUGGAGGCUACGAGCUUGAAGACCUGGCGAGGGCGCGCGGAUCGGAGCAGCGCUGCCGAGCCCAGUGUGCUGCGCGCCUGGACUGUGCUGCGGUGGAGGUCAUACGCUCUGGGGCCUCCGCUGGUAGCUGUGUUUUCCACAGCAACAUAUGGAUACCUACCAGGUCUUUGGAGGACGAGCGUGAUUGCUUUGUGCGAGAGGGUCAGACCGUCUUCUGCCAGCGCGGCCUUCCCUUGAACGAUGUCUGCUGCAGCCCGGAGUGUGGCACCUGCGGAGGCGACAAGUGCUCUUACCGCCCCGGUGGCAGAUCAAAAUGUUGCGCUGGUGCCAUCAGAGUUCUUCGGCACCUUUGUGCCAACACGACAGAUGUGGCUUGCCGGAUUCCAAGGCCUCGACGAGCCGGAGUUCCCACGCUUAGGCUCACCUUCGAGAACGAGACGGGAGGCCCCAACGCGAGUGAAGACUUGCGCCCUUCGAAGACAGUCGAGGUCAGCGGCUUCCAGCCCUCCACCACGAUGUCGCGGGCAGGGGGGACGGCGGCCGACCUCACCGGGGUGAACACUGGCAUUGAGAUCCGAAACUACGGAAAGUGGUUCUCGGCGACAUCGACAUACAUGUGUUGGAUCCGGCCAACAUUUGUGAGGGACCAGAGCUGGUAUUUCAUCUUUCGGAGCAGCGGCUACACCAUGCACAGCCCCGAGGACGGCAGUUGGGCCGUGGAGUUUCAGUGCAAGGAUGACAAGGCCAGGCUGAUGAUCUGGACACGGCAGCCUGCCGGCCUCGGUGCUGUGAGCACGGAGUUCAAGGCUAAGGGUCGCUGGGCGGACCGGUGGACACAUGUAGCGGUGGUUAUGCGAGUUGGGGGUGCUUUCCCACAGCUGUACUUGAACGGACUUCCUGAGGAUGUGGAGGAUAGCUCUACCCCAUGGUCUGAGUUGGAAGACAUCGUUUACAAUGAGAACCAGUACCUGAUCAUUGGAAAGGCAGCGGAAACUGACCAGCAGUUUGACGGCUACAUGGACCACUUCGAGGUGUACGAAGAGGGGCUCGGCCCGGAGUUCAUGCGAAAGCACUACGGCGCCAUCGAGGCGGCAAAGGACGAAGGAGAGGAGGCUGUGAUCGUCCGCCAGCUUUGCCUUCCACCGAUCGACACGACAGGCUACAUCAUCGAGAAUGGCAGCGCAGCGCGGAACAGCUUCGAUGUGCAAGCACGCUGCGACGACGCUAAUGGGUACGGAGGGAUCGCCGUCGUGACUCCUUGCUCCAUGACCUCCAAGAGAUUUGCCCUCAGCGGCUGCCUGCUCAAGGAGCAGUGUUCCGCGAAGCGCUGCUUGGUGAAAUGA